UCAAUUCUAAGAAGAUGAAGAAGACUAGUGAAUAAUUCCCCAGAACAGGUUCAUUAGAAGAAACUUUUACUAUAAGCGUUGGUAAAUAUCAUUUACUAUUCAUGAUGCACGUAUAUUUGUGAUCUGUGAAGCAUUACUACCUAUUGUUGGAUGUAUAACAAGUUGCGAUACCUAAAGCAAUUAUUCAAUAACUCCAUAAUUUCUUUUCAACAAUUCAGUACAGCCGAGUUAGUUUUCAAAAUGUAAACUUGUGAGUAGAUUAGACUUAAUUGUAUUUACAUACAGUCUGAAACAGGAAACCUAACAAUUCUUAGAAUAAUGUGAUCCAUUGUUGAAAAUAGAAGAUCGAGGUGGCAAUAUGUUUGUUAUUUAGUAACAGUUUCCACAAUAAAGGUGUUGAAAUUCGAAAAUGCAGUUCCAACUAUUUUCACGAAAUUACUAUGAAUACAUAGCUGUCUUUAUAGGACAUCUAGGUGUAUUCAUAGCAGCCUUAUCCAUGACAUGGACAUCUCCUACACUACCAAAAUUGACAGGAAUAGAAGAUAACCCACUGCACCGUAUUAUAACACCCGAUGAACAAAGCUUAUUGGGUUCCAUACCCAUUUUAGGCAGUUUAGUUGGUACAUUUCUGUCAGGUUAUCUAGCCAAGAUAUAUGGGAGAAAACCAAUUUUCAUAUUCCUCGGCAUACCAGCCCUUGCGUCUUACGCCAUUAUCGCAGUUUCUACUAAUAUUUGGCAAUUAUACACGGCCAGAAUAAUUGGAGGAUUCGCCCUUGGUGGGUUUUUCACUGUAGACACCAUGUACUUCGCGGAAGUAGCGGCCAACUCAAACAGAGGCUUAUUGGGAACUGCCAUGACCUGCUUCAUCAAUUUUGGUCUCCUUUUUGUGCUGAUUAUUGGACCCUGGACACCUUUUAUUCCCUUCCACAUCGUCUUGGCCUUAAUUCCAGCCAUCUUCAUGGUAUUAGUUUACUUUUUUCUACCGGAAUCUCCCUACUAUUUGAUUCAGAAGGAUUAUAAUGAAGCCGAAAAGUGUCUACGGAAUCUGAGAGGUGUGCCUGACGUCAAAGAUGAAUUGGACAGCAUCAGAGACAGUUUGAACCAAGAAAAUCAAGCGACUUGGAAGAAUGUUUUAGAUGACAAUGGCUUGAGAAGAGGUCUUGUUAUAGGAUGUGGCUUGGUCAUAUGCCAGCAACUUUCAGGAACGGCUGUUAUAAUGUCAUACGGUCAAACGAUUUUCGAAGAAGCUGGUGGUGGUGUCCCAAGCGAAAUAGGUCCGAUCAUAAUAGCGUCCAUACAAUUUCUGGUCGGAUUCAUAGCCCCCUCGAUCGUGGAUAAAUCGGGCAGGAAGAUGUUACUGCUGAUAUCAUAUGUUGGUAUAACAGUAGCUCAUCUGCUUUUUGGUUCUUAUUUCAUCCUGAAGAAUAAGAUGGAGAACGUAGGUUGGAUGUCUUGGCUACCAAUUGCCAGUUUAGUUUUAUACAUCACGACGUAUUCCUUGGGUUCGGGGCCCCUUCCUUGGACCAUCAUCGGAGAAAUUUUUCCGUUGGAAGUUAAGAAUGUAGCGACUUCCAUUUGCAUCACAAUCCUCAAUGUUCUAGCCUUCAUUUUUCUGUUCGGCUUCAAUUUACUUAAGAAUCAAAUUGGAAUAGGUGCCACGUUUUGGAUAUUCAGUGCCUUUGGUAUGCUAUCCACAAUUUUCACAUAUUUAUUUGUGAUAGAAACCAAAGGUAAGAGCCUUUCGGAAAUACAGAAAAUUUUGAACACUUAAUCCUAACUGAAAUAUAGGGUAUUAGCUAGAUGUACCUGUAUUCAGGAAGGUAACGACAUUUUUAUAAUGAAAUUUACUUACAUUUCGCAUAGAAAUAUAGAAAAAUAUUAUCGAAUUUAUUUUUGAACAUAUCAUGUUUCUCUGAACCCAUUUUUAUAAUUUUGUUUAUAUAAGAUAAUCGCAUUUUAUAAAAACUUGUGUACUCAUCUUUGAACUGUUUAUUGUGAAUAUAUUUUAUCAUCGCAU